CAAUUCAAAAAUUUUUCAGUAAGUCUGCCAUUGACAACUUUGUUUAACGGAUUUAUUUUAUAGUAUUAUAUUUUAGAAUAAUCUUUAUUGAACAAAUAUGCCUUUACUUGACAUAACCAAUCCGAAAGUUAUUAUAUUUCUUAUUGAAAACUAUGAGAAAGAAAAUCGGUUACGUCUUAACUGGAUACUUAAGCACCGUGAACAGAUCCAGCAAGCGGCGACACUCAACAGGGAACCGACAAAUUACUUUGAGACCGAUGUAAUCGCUCACAAUAUGAUAGGCGGAAUGGCCACGACUACCAGAGACCAUAUCGUGUCGGGAUAUAACAGGAAGAAAACUCCCAUACGCGAUGCGAUCUUCGUACCCGGAGUUAAAGAUUUACGCCACGGUCAUUCAAUUGUAGAUGUCGGUCUGGGGGAUCCAAAAGAUGAUCCUAGACUCAAAAGACCAGUCGAAGAACUUUCGACAGAUCCUAUAAUGCGCCCCGUCGAUCCCAAAGUUAACAAAAUGAUAUAUAAACCGAGACCAGAAUUUGGAAGGAAUCGAUAUCUCCAAACACGGUCGAAGACGUGGCCGGAGAAGAAAUACUAUUUCUCUGAGUGUUCUAAUUGGGACUAUGGAUGGCGAAUGAAGGAUAGCGAUUUGCGCCAGAAGCCGUUGUAUGGACGAUGCUGGCAUCUUCAUAGGGCAGUACGGACCAGAGUCGGGCCCCAACCAGACCCACCCUACUAUAAGUCCUCCGAUCCUCCUGGUUCUACCAAGUUUGUUACCAUAUAGUUAAAUUAUCGAAGACGGACCCUAUAAAAUCUUGUUAUUUUGAUAUUAUAAUAAAAUAACACCAUUUUCGUUUGUAUCCUAAUCUGCAUAAAAAUAAACCUUUAUCUAAUAUUAAAUUGUUAGCAAUGUGCAUA